GAGAUUUCCUCAAUGGCGUCGCACCAAUAUGACAUCAUGAGGGAAGACCAAUGAGCGGCUGUGACAGGGGUAAAGCCUUCGUGUGUACAGUAAUUCAUCAACAUUGUCUGAACUGACUGAGUUGUAAUCAUGUCAUUAAAAAUCCUAACAUCUGCACACAGACUACGAGCAUUCUGUAGAUUGCAGAGAAUACAAGGACACAUGAUGUCCAGUAAAGCUGAAUCAGAAGUUCUGUUCGAGAAAGUGGGGAACGCUGGUGUCAUCACAUUAAACAGACCCAAAGCUCUCAAUGCCCUCAAUCUCACAAUGAUCAGACACAUCUUCCCUCAACUCAAGAAAUGGGACAACGAUUCAGAAACGGAUGUAGUGAUCAUUAAAGGAGCAGGAGGGAAGGCUUUCUGUGCCGGUGGAGAUAUCAGAGCUGUCACAGAAGCUGGAAAAGCUGGCGAUUCGCUAGCUCAAGACUUCUUCCGUGAGGAGUACAUUCUGAACAAUGCUAUUGGUACAUAUAAGAAGCCAUAUGUGGCUCUAAUCGAUGGAAUAACAAUGGGAGGGGGCGUGGGUCUCUCGGUGCACGGCCGGUUUCGUGUGGCUACAGAGAAGACGCUGUUUGCCAUGCCGGAGACGGGCAUCGGCCUGUUCCCUGAUGUCGGAGGGGGUUACUUUCUCCCUAGACUCCAAGGCAAGCUGGGACUCUUUCUCGCCUUGACCGGGUUCCGCCUCAAGGGACGAGAUGUGCAGAGAGUCGGGGUGGCUACUCAUUUUGUGGAGUCGGAAAAGAUUGUGUCUCUUGAGAAGGAUCUUGCUGACCUGAAGUCUCCAUCUGUGAGUGAUGUGACUCAGCUACUUGAUUCUUAUCAGAAACAGAGCGCUCUGGAUGCUGAGAAACCGUUUACCCUUCAACAGCACACAGAAGCCAUCAAUAGAAUCUUUUCAGCUGCCAGUGUGGAGCAGAUCCUGGAGAACCUUCAGAAAGAUGGAUCUGCAUUUGCACAGAAACAGAUUGAGAUUCUGGCCAAAAUGUCUCCUACGUCACUGAAGUUAACUUGCAGACAGAUUCAGGAAGGGGCAAACAUGAGUUUACAGGAGGUUUUGGUGAUGGAGUAUAGACUCACUCAAGCCUGCAUGAGAGGACACGAUUUUUAUGAGGGAGUUCGAGCUGUGCUGAUCGAUAGAGACCAGAGUCCAAAGUGGAAACCUUCCACCCUCUCUGAGGUCACAGAACAAGCUAUAGAGGAUUGCUUCAGUUCCCUGGGUGAAAGAGAUCUCAAACUUUAAAGCAAAACUCCUCAAAUACACCCGCUGGUUACAUUCAUCCAAAUGAAUAAAAUCGUCAUUGUUAUUUCAGUCAGCAUAGCUGCUGGUAGUACAGGAUUUACACCUACUAUAUAGCAUUUGUCAAGAUGAGGUGCAGAAAAUCAUAUCUUUCAUUUCUGACUGUUAUUCUUUAUACUGUGUCAUACAUUUCUCUGGGAAGACACUUUUCUACGAGUGGAAUCACAAGCAAUUCAUGAUUGUCAAUUUAACACACAAACAUUGGCCGCCAUUCAGUACAACUGGAUUAAAGUGACUACCAUUAACCACAGUAUUUACUACACAGUAUUACAACUUUAACAACCACUCCCGCUGACCUACAUUACUAAGAUAGCAAAGCUGACAAAAAUAGAUGCAGGCAAAUCCACGAUGCCUUUAAUGAAAGUCUCAUUUGCUUUCUUACAUACUGUUUGUAUGGGUGUUCUUUACAAAAUUGUGUGACUUGUACUUGUGGUUAAAAUAGUUAUUUGCAUCAUGUAUUUUGUUUGUUCGAUUGCAGGUUUGUCAAUUAUAGUUUUAACUUAUCAACAAAGAUUCUUAGUAAAAAAAUGAAUAAAUCAGAAUAAAAAGACACAGUUUGUUUAGAUCUUUA